AUGCCCUACGUCCCAGACACCAUCUUGAACCUUUACGCAAAGGUCCAGGACCUCCUCGAUAGGUCAAAGAGAUCAUGGCUUGCAGCGUGCGAGGCAUGGAAUGAGGAGCCGCCAUCCAGGAUUGCGAUACCUGCGACUACUACGGAGGUACUGGUACGCAAGAAAAGGGCCACAAGGGGAAAAAAGAAGGAGCUCAAGAUUAGCAGCUCGUAUCAUCAGCUUGGGCCGUUGACCGGUAUUUUUGUCAAACCUGCUGCGGUGGCUUUGACAAGAGCUCAAAGUGUCGCUGGCGUGUCCAGCGAUGGCUCUCGGUUGAUUAUCUGGGCUGAUGCUUCGAGAAAAAAGGACACUACAGGCUUUGCCGUGGCAUUUCUAACUGGCUCUAACUGGGUGCGCGUCACCGCAAAAGGACACGCCACUCCUACGGAAGUUGCAGAACUUGAGGCUAUUUGUCUUGCGCUGGAUUAUGCGGUGCAAGUCACCAAAAUACAGAAGGGAAGCAUCGAUAUUUUACGAUCUGUCGAAGUUUUCACCGACAGUCAAUCCGCCUUGGGUCUCCUAAGGGUGACGAACAGACCCAUGAUUACCGCUGGACCUCAUAGCAAUGCACAGGGCGGCAAUCCUCGCAGGAAAAGGGGGGUCAGAAAACGAACAAUAGAGAAAGUCUGCGUCAUGAUAGAUGAACUUCAAGAAGCUGGAGUGAUGGUCGAACUGCACUGGGUCCCACGGGGCAAAGUCACAGGCAAUGUCAUUGCUGAUAAAGGGGCAGCGAUAGCAAGAAUGGGAUUGACAUCUUAUCACACCCCCACUGACGUUCUCGUCGAGUUUCUGCCUGUAGAUGAACAGCAACUCGACAGUGAACAUGGUAUGAUUGUACCUUUCAAGCGAACGUCGGUUCCGCGUACACGAUUGGCACAUCAAGUUUCUGAAAUCCUCAGUUCAAACAAGGCCACCGACAUUGGCAAAAAGGAGCCAGAACAGGCAUCUGAUUUGCAGCAGGCCCAACAAGAACUAAAUCAUGACAAUUGA